AUCAUUUUAGUGAUUCGAUCUCAGUUGUGAGGUUGUGGCUUCCAUGAAUUUCGGCUAAAAAUCAUAAAUAUUUUUUUUUGUUUUCAAGUCGUCAUCGUUGUCGUACGUAAAUCCAUUCUUGAAACAAUUCAGUGCACAAAAAGUUCAAUCAUUUUUUUUUUCGUAUCGUUUGUUUUAAAUUGAACGAAGUGGUUCGUGAACAGAGAAAUAUCAUUUUCAAUAUUUCAAACAGAAUCGGGGAAGAAAGUUUUGUCGUCGUCGUGGAAAGCAGACGGAAAACCCGAUCGGAAACCACCUGAGAGAGAAAAUAAUCGUAAAUAACAUUUGAGAUCCAAUGAUGAGAUCAAAGCAAAUCACAAGUUCAACAACGGUGCUGCUGGUCAUUGCACUAGUAACGCUAGCACGCGCACAAUACCAUCAUCCAUCACAGUUCCGAAGUCAAGCGGCCGUUGUUAAUGCUGGAUUUGUCCCAUCGAUUCAACAACAAGAUGAAGAUAAAGUUGACGAUUCAACACCAUCGGCAGCGAUAAAUUAUCGUCAAUCGGCUGGUCAAUCGUAUGAAUACGAAGAAGAAGAAGAAGAACAACGCCCAACCGUACCAAAUCAGAAUCGUCGCCAACAACCAUACAUAAGACCACAACAACAGCAAACACAACAAAUUCGACAACCAUCGGGACCAUCGAAAAAUCGCUUCGAAGAUGAACUCGAAACAGAAGAACCCGAUCGCUUGGCAUUGGCACUCGAAAAAUCAACAUUUCAAUGCGAAGGACGAACGGGAUACUAUGCCGAUGAAAGUGUAAAUUGUGAGGUGUUCCACUAUUGUCAAGAGAAUCAAAAACAUUCUUGGGUAUGUCCAGAGGGAUUCCAAUUUCAUCAGGUGCAUUUGAUUUGUAUGCCACCAUCAAAUGAUAAUGCGUGCCAACUAUCAUCCAAAUAUCAUAUUGUCAAUGAUUUUUUGUACAAACCAAUAAACGUUGAAGAGCAUCAAUCCCGACCAAAUGUUACGCUUCGAUACUCAGAAAGAUAUUAUCCUGAAGACAUUUACCGUGAUGAACGACAAGACGAAGAAGAAGAAGAGGAGGAAUACAGAUCGCGUGAAUACCGUCAACGACAACCGAUUCAAGUCGGAAUUAGAAAAAGCAUUCAAAAUACAACGCCCACAUAUCGUCAGAGUACACAGCAACCAUCAGCAUAUCGAUCACCUGAUGACAUAAACAUUUCGUUGCAACAGCGUCGACCUCAAAUUGUUUUCCAACCAACCACAUCACGUUACGAUGAAGAAGACUACAACUAUGAAAAACGAAAAUAGAAUCCACACAAAUAACAAUCAUACACACACAAACAAACACAACACAUACAUAUUUGUUUAAAAUGCAUUUCCAUUAAACACCUUUCGCUGAAAAGAUAUACAAAAGCCCAGCAGAGAUAUCAUGUUUUUAUUCUUCUUCUUUUUUCUUCUGUGUCUGGGAACUGUAUAAAUUAUAAUCCUUCGUUUAAAAAAACUCAUACUAAUUCGACACUCAACUAAAGUUGAAAAAUUUAAUUUCUUUUUCUAUCUGUCUCCCUCUCUCUUUCUCUCGCUUUCCUACUUUUGCUCUUUUCUUUCCAA